UGCAGCGAACGUGAGCCGAACGGCAACCAUCUUUGUGAAAAAUACCUACGAGACUGGAGAGGAGUUGGUGUAGGAAUUAAUUAUUUCUGCGGCAUAUUAAAAGUUAAAAAAUAAAAAAAAAUAACGAUGAUUUCUGCUCGCUUGGCGUCGUCGGUCGCACGCAACUUGCCCAAGGCGGCCACACAGGUUGCCUGCAAGGCUGCGUACCCAGCUGCUACUCUCGCUGCCCGUAAGUUCCAUGUUGCCAGCACACAGCGCAGCGCGGAGAUCUCCAACAUUCUGGAGGAGAGAAUCCUGGGCGUUGCACCCAAGGCCGAUUUGGAGGAAACUGGCCGUGUGCUCAGCAUUGGUGACGGUAUUGCUCGUGUCUAUGGCUUGAACAACAUCCAAGCCGAUGAGAUGGUGGAAUUCUCCUCGGGCCUCAAGGGCAUGGCCCUCAAUUUGGAGCCCGACAACGUCGGUGUUGUCGUCUUCGGUAACGACAAGCUGAUCAAGCAGGGCGAUAUUGUCAAGCGUACCGGCGCUAUUGUCGACGUGCCCGUCGGUGAUGAGCUGCUCGGCCGUGUUGUCGAUGCUCUGGGUAAUGCCAUUGACGGCAAGGGCGCUAUCAACACCAAGGAUCGUUUCCGUGUCGGUAUCAAGGCCCCCGGCAUCAUUCCCCGUGUCUCUGUGCGCGAGCCUAUGCAGACUGGUAUCAAGGCCGUCGAUUCUCUUGUGCCCAUCGGUCGUGGUCAGCGUGAGUUGAUCAUUGGUGACAGACAGACUGGUAAGACCGCUCUGGCUAUUGAUACCAUCAUCAACCAGAAGCGUUUCAACGAGGGUCAAGACGAGUCGAAGAAACUGUACUGCAUCUACGUCGCUAUUGGCCAGAAGCGUUCCACCGUCGCCCAGAUUGUCAAGCGUCUGACCGACUCCGGUGCCAUGGGUUACUCCGUCAUUGUGUCGGCCACCGCCUCCGAUGCCGCUCCCCUGCAGUAUUUGGCUCCCUACUCUGGCUGCGCCAUGGGUGAAUACUUCCGCGACAAGGGCAAGCACGCCCUGAUCAUCUACGAUGAUUUGUCCAAACAGGCUGUCGCCUACCGUCAAAUGUCCCUGCUGCUGCGUCGUCCCCCAGGUCGUGAGGCCUACCCCGGUGAUGUGUUCUACCUGCAUUCGCGUUUGUUGGAGCGUGCCGCUAAGAUGUCCCCAGCCAUGGGUGGCGGUUCAUUGACUGCCCUGCCCGUGAUUGAGACCCAGGCCGGUGAUGUGUCCGCCUACAUUCCAACCAACGUCAUUUCGAUCACUGACGGUCAGAUCUUCUUGGAAACCGAGUUGUUCUACAAGGGUAUCCGUCCCGCCAUCAACGUGGGUCUCUCUGUGUCCCGUGUGGGUUCCGCUGCCCAGACCAAGGCCAUGAAGCAGGUCGCCGGUUCCAUGAAGCUGGAGUUGGCUCAGUACCGUGAGGUCGCCGCCUUCGCCCAGUUCGGUUCCGAUUUGGAUGCCGCCACCCAGCAGCUGCUGAACCGUGGUGUGCGUCUUACUGAGCUGCUCAAGCAGGGACAGUAUGUGCCCAUGUCCAUUGAGGAUCAGGUUGCUGUCAUCUACUGCGGUGUGCGCGGUCACUUGGACAAGAUGGAUCCCGCCAAGAUCACCAAGUUCGAGAAGGAAUUCUUGCAGCACAUCAAGACCACCGAGCAGGGUCUCCUGGAUACCAUUGCCAAGGAGGGUCAAAUCUCCCAAGCUGCUGAUGCCAAGCUGAAGGAUGUGGUCACCAAAUUCAUGUCCACCUUCCAGGGUUAAACAGCUAAUAAACAGUUCUACGAGCAGCAGCAGUUAUAUCAUAGAUAUUGGGGCAAGCAAAUAAAAAAUGGAUUGCAAUUACUAUAAGCCGAAAUCAACGUUAAUUAAUAAUUAUGGAAACUGCCCAAACGCUGCGCGUUGAUGAAGCAACAACCACAUCAACUAAAAACAAAACAAUUACAACAACAAGAAAACUACACCCUAAGAAAAUAUAAACAAAAACAUUAUAAAAACUCAAGAAAACUUACUUUGCGCAUUCAUGUUUUCCUUCGCUGUGCGGCUCCGUGUAUCGUCCUUGCCAUACACACACAAACUGGGAGAGAGAGACGAAGAGAGAGAAAGCGGGACCUAUACGGAACCAGCAGCGAGGAUCUACUUCGAAUUUCAGCACUAGUCGAGUCUAAAGAAACCGUACUUCUGUUGUUCUAGCCUAAACUAUAAUCAAUAUUUGUAAUAUUGUAAUCGAGAAUAGUCGAAAAAUACCCGUUUGUGGAUGAUUGUGAAACGAUGAAAAUAAAAACGAUACUAAUUAUACACUUA